UUAUAUGAUGAAGAAGCUGCCAUAAUUCUUGAAAAUAUAUGGAAUCGCGCCAAGUAUUUAAAACUUGAUCCUCACGGACCAAAACAGAAAGAAAUUUCUCGACGUGUUCCUCUCGUUGAACGGUAUUUUACUCGUAUUCCGCUUAACGAAAAAACGCAAAAGUAUCCAAAAGGAAGUCUGGCUGUUGUAAAUAAUGGCUGGAUCUGGAAUGCAAAUCCCAUGCAGGAUUUUGCAAGUAGCGAAUCAUUUGCCUAUUUACGAAGGGAAGUGAUCGUUUGGGGUGAUUGUGUGAAAUUAAGAUAUGGUAAAAGCAGGGAUGAUUCGCCUUGGCUUUGGGAUCAUAUGUUAAAAUAUACUACACAGCUUGCAUCACUUUUCCAUGGGUUCCGUAUUGAUAAUUGUCAUUCUACUCCACUCCAUGUUGGACAAUAUCUUCUCGACGCCGCCCGUCGCGUCCGUCCAAACCUUUAUGUUGUCGCAGAGUUAUUUACCGGCUCGGAAGAGAUGGACAUAAAAUUUGUAAAUCAUCUGGGCAUUAAUUCUCUCAUUAGAGAGGCUAUGCAAGCUUGGGAUUCGCACGAGUUAAGUAGACUAGUUCAUCGACACGGCGGAAAACCUGUUGGGUCUAUAGAUGCAGAAUGUCUUACGGACACAUCAACUUGUAAAAACGUUGAUGAAUCUUCAGAGACAUCUUGUUUUGUAGUUCCCUUGACAGGCUCCAAUCCACACGCGCUUUUUAUGGAUUGUACUCACGAUAAUGAAACGCCUCAUCAAAAAAGAAUUGCUGAGGACUCUUUAUCAAAUGGUGCACUUGUUGCAAUGAGUUCUUGUGCUAUUGGAAGUGUCAAAGGAUAUGAUGAAAUUUAUCCAAAAAUAGUUGAUUUAGUAAAAGAAAAUAGACUUUAUAAAUUGUAUGAGAAGCCUCUUGAAACUGGUAUAGGAAGAGUUAAAAAAGUAUUACAGCAUUUGCACGUUGAAAUGUCGUUAGAUGAAUAUACAGAAACCCAUGUGCAUCACGAAAAUGAUUGUAUUAUAGUUCAUCGUGUUAAUCCACAAAAUCAUAAUGGAUAUUUAUUAAUCGCACAUUGCGCUUUCUCUGGUCCUCCAAAACGUAGUUGUAAUCUUUCUCCUGUCAAGUUAAGAGGUACAAAGGCCAAAGUUCUCUUUUCUACAAAUUUGGAGGUCCAAUCCGAUGAAUUUGUUCGUGAUGAAAAAUAUCUUACGGGACUCCCCGCAUCACUUAAACCACUUAAUACUCCCACAUUACAUGAAACAUCUGAUGAACGCGGAAAAUAUACUGAGGUUACACUGCCAAAAGAAUUUCCCUCUGGCAGUGUCACGCUGCUUGAAACGGAGGUGGAUAACCAUAAAUCUUUGGAUGAAACUCUUAUAUCAGAUGUUGACGGAGCUUUUCAAGAAUUAAAUUUGGUCGAUCUGAAUAUAGUAUUAUAUCGAUGUGAUAGCGAAGAAAAUGAUAUUACGCCUGGUCAUGGCACAUACCAAGUGCCUGGUUUUGGUAAUUUACCGUAUUGUGGUUUAGAGGGCUUUAUGUCACUUUUACGUCCAAUAAUGAAAGAAAAUGACUUGGGUCAUCCGUUUUGUAACAACUUACGUGAAGGUCAUUGGGCUUUAGACUAUAUUGUGGACCGUCUUGUUAGACAUUUGAAGUACGUACCAAAUCUUAAAAGACUAUGCGAUUGGUAUCAAGAAAGAUUUGCCCUUGUAAAGACAGUACCGGGCUUUUUAGUUCCAAAAUAUUUUUUUUUGGUUAUGAAGACGGCAUAUUCUGCAGCAAUUAAACGAGUUAUGGCACAGUUAUCACCUUGUGCAUAUGAGGGAAGCUUGUUUAUCCAAUCACUUGCUUUGUGUUCAGUGCAAAUGUACGGAAUAGUUUUAUCUACUGGAUUACACCCUACAGAAAUUGGUCCAUCGAUGGCUGCGGGGUUGCCUCAUUUUGCUACCAGCCAUAUGAGAUGUUGGGGACGUGAUGUUUUUAUUUCAUUGCGUGGUUUGUUCCUUACUACGGGUAAUUUUGAAGCUGCUAAAAAGCACAUAAUUGGAUUUGGUAGUGUACUUAAACACGGAAUGAUUCCUAAUUUAUUGGAUGCUGCGCGUCGACCACGUUAUAAUUGUCGUGAUGCUCCUUGGUGGUAUUUACAAUCAAUACAGGAUUAUUGUAAAUUCUCUCCGGAAGGUUUAGAUUUUCUUAAGACGCCUGUUAUCCGACGAUUUCCCCAAAACGAUGAAUUUAUUGAAGCAGAUGAUCCUCAAUCCUAUAAAUAUGAAGUUACUAUUCUUGAGAUUAUUCAAGAAAUAAUGGAGCGUCAUGCUCGUGGAAUUCAUUUCAAAGAAUGGAAUGCAGGCAUUAAUCUUGAUCAUGCUAUGACUGAUAAAGGAUUCUAUGUUGAUAUUGACGUUGAUUGGGAAACUGGCUUUUUAAAUGGUGGAAACCAAUGGAAUUGUGGUACUUGGAUGGACAAGAUGGGAGAAUCAGAAAAAGCUGGAAACAAAGGUCAACCGGCAACACCAAGAGACGGUGCAGCGGUCGAGAUUAUUGGACUAUUAAAAUCUACUUUGCGAUGGAUAACAGAAUUAAAUAAAAAUGGUCAUUAUCCGUGGAAUGGUAUUGAACUCAAAGAUAAUCCUACGAAGAAAUUUAUUACGUUUGCCGAAUGGAAUGAUUUAAUCCAAAAGUCGUUCGAGAAACAUUUCUAUAUUCCCAUCGACCCAAAUGAAGAUUCAAAGUACAAAUUAAACUCCAAAUUAGUUAGCCGUAGGGGCAUAUAUAGGGACUUGUGUAAUUCUUCUAGAGAUUAUGAAGGUUACCAAUUGAGACCAAACUUUCCAAUUGCUAUGGUUGUGGCACCUGAACUAUUUGAUGAACAUUAUGCACUUCAAGCAUUGAAUAUUGCACGUGAGAUAUUAGCUGGACCGUUAGGAAUGCGUACUCUUGAUCCAAAUGAUUGGGCAUAUCGCGGUGUUUAUGAUAACAACAAUGAUGGUACUGAUCCAUCGAUUGCUAAGGGAUGGAAUUAUCAUCAGGGCCCUGAAUGGCUUUGGUGUACUG